AUGGACCAUCAUCGCUGGGGAUGUGGAUUGCCAUGUCCUCGUGAAUUCUCUGACAGCGCGGGGCUCGCUCGACACCGGAGGGCUUGCCACCACUACAAGCACCGCCUAGAUCUCCAGGCGCAGAAUUUUAAACGACGUGCUCGUGAGGACCCAAAGCAUACAAAAGUGUUUAAGAGGAUGAAGCCAUCAGAUGAAACCCAAACCACGGUGCUUUCAUCCUCGAGCAGCCAUCCAGAAUCAAUACUCAACCCCACUUCCCCGAUACUUGAUCAAUCCCGCAGCAUUGCUCCCUCCCCGUCCACCAAUAAUUUGAUUGACUCCAAUCAGACUACUAGUCCAGGUUCUCCUCCCCAAGACCCCUCCGAUGUUCCAGAUUUUACAAAUCACGAUUCACGCCCAAGGCGCAUACUCAGACUUCCAUUACGAUACAGGGACGAGCUUCCACAAGCACCUUUACCUGUUGCACAGGAUCAGCCAAACUCACAUCCCACUCGUGUAAUUCUUCACGUGUUCGAUUCUAUCCGCACAUGUUUCAAUACAUUCAGUAUCGCUCGCCAAUAUCGCCAUCGCCCUUCAUACGAUCCAGAUUAG